CCUGCCCUCGCCACGAAAGAGGAAUGGGAAGUGCGACGGUCUCCGCUCCUCGACCACCCUCACUCACCCCGACCUCGACGCCUGCUCGGGUCUGACCGCAGAGGCUGUCGCCGCGACCAUCCGCGCCGCUGGCUGUCCUUCUCCCGCCCCCCUCUCCAUCGCUCGAAUGGUCAAGAUGCGGAUUCCGAUCCGGGAGCAAUUGGGAUGUUUGGUGUUGCUGGCCUCGCUGAUCGGCCUGGCAGUCGUUGCCAUUGCGACUUGGGUCACAAACCACGGCUUCGUUCUGGACAUACGGGCUUCCCGUCUCGCGCUGACCGCGUCCUUGAAGGCUGCGCAGCUGUCCUCGAAUUUCCUUCUCAUGCAGUCGAGCGUCAAAUCUACCGCGACUCGAGUUCUGAUCCAAAGCUCGCUCCAGCGAUACAACAAUGGCAACAACACGGAAGCGAAUUGGGUGCGCUCCACCGCCGAUCUCCAGGCUGUUUUCCAAGGCGACCAGCAGGCUGCGCUGCUCCUGCAGGCCCAGAUUUUCCCAAUCAACUCGUCGACAUCAGUUAUGAGUGCAACGGCGCCGUCCGUAUCCGACCUUGCGUUGCCGUACAAGGCACCAAAUGGGACCACCGCUGUCCUGGGCGACACAUACGGCUUCGUGCCACAGCUAUAUCCGGCCUUUGACUUCACCAUAAUACCAAUCAGCUCGACCUACAACCAGACGAUAGCUUCGUUCGGCGGCCGAGUUGUUGAUCAAGACAACUAUCUGUUGCUCGGCCCGUAUAACAUCAACCAAACAUUCUCCCUUGUGUCUGUUACCAUGCCUAUCAUAAACAACACCUCUGCCAUUGACAUAUUGGGCUGGCUUACGGUUGUCUUGGACGGCAGGCUGAUUAGAAGCGUUGUGAACGCUAUGGAGGGUUUGGACGACACCGGAGUCACAAUGCUGAUCGGCCCGAACAACGUGACGAACAAAUUCCCGAAGGGAGUACUAUACACUUCUAACAAUGGGCACCCACCCGCGAAUGAAUUAGUCAAUUUUGUGUUGCCGCCUACCAACCGAACAGGGUUGACGGAUAGGCAUCCAGAUCAUUCGUAUGGAUCGCAAAAUAAGCCGUUCGACUACACUAAGUACCCAGCCGUGCAUCGGGCAAUUACCAGAGACUCGGGGGCUACCAACAACGCUGGCAGCAUGAUAUCGACCAAGAACGAAGAAAGGGACAACGUUGCAGCUGGCUACGCCAUUGUCAAUACGAGUCUCGUAGACUGGGUUGUCAUCGUAGAGCAAUCCCAUGCUGAGGUGUGGGCGCCGAUCGUCCAUCUGCGCAAGGUCAUUAUAGCUUGUGUAUUUGGGACGAUGGGCGGUAUGAUUCUUCUCGCCUUCCCCGUCGCUCACAUUUCCAGCCGUCCCAUCAGACGGCUGCGGGAUGCAACGAAAAAGUCCGUUGCACCUCCAGGAUUUUCGGACACUGGAAGUCUCAAUACACACGAUGGUACCGAUGAUGAUCACCGAGACGCUCUUGCUAGAAAAGAAGGAUUCUUUGGUAAAGUCAAGACUUAUACUCGCGGUGGAAGGAAAACGAACGCAGAGCGCAAGGAAGAAGAACGGCGACGCCAGUUCCGGAUUCCUGGGAAAGUCAAGGACCGCAAACACUUCAUCCACGAUGAGCUCACCGAUUUAACACAAACGUUCAACGAAAUGUCCGAUGAGCUCAUGAUGCAGUACGAAAAGCUGGAAGAAAGAGUGCAGCAGCGUACGGCUGAGUUGGAGCUCAGUAAGAAAGCUGCGGAGGCCGCAAAUGAGAGCAAGACUUUGUUCAUUGCGAAUAUCUCGCAUGAGUUGAAGACACCACUCAACGGAAUUUUGGGCAUGUGCGCCGUGUGCAUGUCCGAAGACGACCCAGUAAAAUUGAAGCGUUCGCUGGGGAUCAUCUACAAAAGUGGAGACCUGCUACUCAAUCUGCUAACUGAUCUAUUGACAUUCAGUAAAAACCAAGUUGGGCAGCAGCUGUCUCUCGACGAGAGAGAAUUCCGCUUGCGUGAUAUUAGUUCCCAAGUUCUCGCCAUCUUCGACAAGCAAGCCAAGGAGGGCGGUAUCAACUUCCGGGUGAAAUUUGAGGGUCCGAUCGACGCCAACUUUGACGAUCUAGGCAAAUCCUCCGAACAGACCGACCUCGCCCCAUACGGCCUUGGUCGCAUAAAAGACAUGAUUCUGUGGGGAGAUCAACACAGAAUCCUCCAAGUGGUGAUCAAUUUGGUAUCCAACAGUCUCAAAUUCACGCCUCCGGGCGGAUCUGUGACGAUGACAAUACGAUGCACUGGAGAGGCUACGGUGUCUGACAGCAGCCGUAAGGGAUCAACACAGUCUAGACAGAGUUCCAUGCGGCAAUCGAGAACACGAAUCCGAGGCUCAUCCGAGAACUCAGCGUCGAUAAAAACACCCCACAACAUGGACACGGCCAAUACCAUCAAUGCUUACGACAAGCCGAGUGUCUAUGCUUCGAUCAUGGCGCAAGAAAGAGCUGUGACCCCCCCUCCCGGUCGAUGGCUUCAAUUCGAGUUCGAAGUUCAAGAUAGCGGACCAGGAAUCCCGGAACAUCUUCAAGAUAAGAUUUUCGAGCCAUUCGUACAAGGUGAUUUGGGUUUGAGCAAGAAAUUUGGUGGUACGGGACUUGGACUGAGUAUCUGCUCCCAGCUGGCCGGUCUCAUGAAAGGAUUUGUGGGUGUCAAGAGCGAAGUUGGGAAUGGGAGCAUUUUCACCAUGCAAAUCCCUCUAAGGCAUCUCAACAGUCGAGCUGACAGUACGGCAAGCUCAAACAAUGUAAAUUUUGCAGAAGGCGGCUUAACAAGGGCGUCUUCCCUGGACGAGGGAAGGAGUCGAGUCGAUGCCAUUGUGGAUGAUGCAAGGUCCGGUCGCUCAGUUCAAUCGGCAGUCAGUACUCCUGGAGCACCCGGCCCUGUGUUUGAAACAGACUCCAAACCACGACUAGUCGGUCUCAGCCAUCCGUUCUUCGCGUCGAACGCGCCAUUAGAGUCGCCCAAUUCUCAAAUGGCUGCUAUGGAACGGAUAGCUGCAGACGCGUCCAAAAGGGGUGACAAGGUCAAGGUGCUCGUGGCUGAGGACAACAAAACAAAUCAGGAGGUCGUGUUGCGUAUGCUGAAGCUAGAGGACAUUUAUGACGUUACUGUUGCUAAAGAUGGGCAAGAAGCUCUUGACAGAGUUAAGGAAAGCAUGGAAAACUCUAACCCAUAUAACCUGAUCUUCAUGGAUGUUCAGAUGCCUAACCUCGACGGUCUCCAAUCUACUCGAUUGAUACGGCAGUCCGGUUUCUCGGCACCUAUAGUGGCUCUCACCGCGUACGCAGAAGAGAGCAAUGUCAAGGAAUGUCUCGACUCAGGCAUGGACUUCUUCCUCGCCAAACCCAUCCGACGGCCAGCCCUAAAACACGUCCUGAAAACAUACUGUCCUCCUAUACCGGAAGAAGAGGGCGAAGUCGUUAUGCCACUAGUGAAAGAGUCUUCAUCCAAGGCCAACGAUAAAAGGCCUUGGCCCCCAUCGAAGGCGCAAGGUAGCACGACUACGACCACUGCUACCUCGAGCACGGAAGAGUCGCCUGCUGUGUCGCCUAUGACGAAACCGGACAACCUAUAGGGUGUUUCAACGAUGUCCAGCAGCACAAUCU